AUGCCUCCCAACAAGCGCGCUCGCUAUGAUGAUGAUGUCGUUCAGAACGGCGAGCUGACAACCGCUGCAGAAGGCUUCUUCGAGGCCCUUGCCGAGGCGGGGGUGACGCACUGUUUUGUCAAUUUAGGGAGUGACCACCCUGCCUUACUUGAGGCGAUGAUCAAAGCGAAGCAAGAGAAGCUGGCAAAUUUCCCUAAAAUAAUUACCUGUCCUUCGGAGUUGGUUGCACUUUCCGCAGCUUUGGGGUAUGCCCAGGUUACUGGAAUUCCGCAAUGCGUACUUGUUCAUGUAGACUGUGGGACUCUUGCCCUCGGCCAAUCGGUUCACAAUGCAUCAGUCGGCAGAGUGCCUGUCCUUUGCUUUGCGGGCCUAAGUCCUUUCACUCAACGAGGGGAGUUACUUGGCUCACGAACCGAAUUCAUUCACUGGCUACAGGAUGUGCCGGACCAAGCGGCGAUUGUUCGGCAAUAUUGCAGAUACACAGGGGAGAUCAAAUCAGGACGCAAUAUCAAAGAAAUGGUAAACAGAGCGUUACAGUUCACCCUGUCUGACCCGAAGGGCCCGGCAUAUCUCAUGGCAGCACGAGAGGUUCUAGAGGAGGAAGUCGACAAGGUAUUCCUCGAGGAAGAACUCCUCAGCCCAAUUGUCGCGAGUGCACUACCCGAGUCCGAGGUCCAAUUGAUCGCCAAAACUCUCAUGAGUGCCAAAAAGCCACUCAUCAUCACGGGAUAUCUUGGCCGCAAUCGCAAUACACCCCCUUUGCUAGAAGAACUCUGUGAUAAGCUCCCAGUGAGUGUCGUGGAAAUGGUCGGUUCGGAUUUGUGCAUCCCCAGUGACCAUGAGGCAUAUCUUGGCGUGACGGUGACUACGCACCCUGCAGUUCUAGAAGCCGAUGUUAUCCUGAUACUAGAUUGUGAUGUACCCUGGAUUCCAACUGCUGGAAAGCCGAAAAAAGGGACAAAAAUAUUCCACCUCGAUGUCGAUCCGUUGAAGCAGCAGAUGCCACUUUUCUCCAUCAGUGCAACCCGUCGCCUUAAAGUCAGCGGUGAGCUUGCGCUGAGGCAGUUAAAUGGAUUUAUCGACAGUCAGAAUUUGGACAAGACCCAAUACGCCGCAGAGUUUGAAGCUCGCCGAGUACGUUAUAGUGAAUGGCGAGCUGUUCUGGCAAGUUUAGCGUCACCUCCCUCAGAUGGCACUGUCACUGUGCCCUAUCUCGCUUCCCGGCUACGUCAACAUCUUCCUCAAGACACCACUUUUGUGCUCGAAGCUGUCACAAAUGCAGGCCACUUAAUCCACCAUUUGAACUUAACUACGCCUGGAAGCUUGGUUGGUAGUGGCGCAGGCGGUCUAGGAUGGGGAGGUGGUGCAACCCUGGGUGUCAAGAUGGCGAAACCCGGUUCCUUCGUUUGUGGAAUUGUUGGGGAUGGAGUCUAUCUCUUUUCCCAAAUGGAGAGCGUUUAUUGGAUCGCGCGGCGCUACGAUGUUCCAUUUUUGCUUAUUGUUCUGAACAAUGGGGGCUGGAACGCGCCAAAGGUUUCGGCUUUGCUGGUUCACGAAAAUGGACUAUCAUCCAAGUCAAACAGAAAAGAUCUCAAUAUCUCAUUCGAGCCCUCGCCUGAUUACCCAGGAAUUGCAACUGCCGCAGGCAAUGCGUGGGGUGCCACAGUUAAAACACAAGACGAUCUAGAGACCGCUAUAAACAAGGGGAAGGAAAUCGUGGACAGUGGAAAGUGCGCUGUGAUUGAAGUCGCGUGA